CGAUGCCAACGCGUCGACGGCAAUCGUCUCUGCUUGCCUAAUAAGGCGUUCGUUUGCUGAUAACGCCAAGGUCCUGGCCCCGUCGCUAACCUCGACCGUGCUCAAUUGCUUGAGCACGCUAUUAUGCUUAUUGACAAACUGCUGAUUCUACUUUACACACCCUCGCGUCAUCAGUUCUGGAUCUAUGAGUACCUGACUCUUUUAUUUUUUAUUUUUUUGAUCGAAACGCCAUGUGGUCAAGCACAAGGAGUGGUUCCAGCAUAGCCAGGCUCCAAACAGUCACAGUUCUGUAUCAAUCGCCGGGCUUGAAGCGAUUUGGAGUAAAAGAAAGAAUCAAGAACAUCAGAUAAAGCCUCUUUUGAGGAUGUUGGAAGAGAAAAGAAGAUUUGAGAACCACCGGCGAUCUGGCGCUGCUGGCUUUCUGGACCAUGAAAUUGACAUCGAGAGACCGAAAAAAGCAGUCGUCAUCAUACAGCAUGUCUACAAUUUGGUCGCAGCAAGACUUUGAUGCCGAAAUGCUUUGAUCAUGUCGAAUAAGAGUAGAAUCUCACGUGGAGUCGUCCCAAAUUGGCAGUUUCCAAUAUAGGCGAAAUGGAGAUAGGCCGGCGUUAAGCUAAGGAGAGGUCGUUAAACGACCAAACGACGCCCUGGCAUCGUCGAUUGGACCCAACAUUCGUGAACUAGCCCUGGGACGCGGACUUAGCAUUUGAGCACCGAGAGUUUACGAUAUUGAAGCUAUGUAGAAUUUACUGUAUAAUAAUACAAAGAUGCCGCUUCGCCAAGGUCUCAGGGUCUGUCAAUAUUAUAUUCAAGCUGGAGAAGAAAGUUACGAGACACUUUUCAACCUAAGUUGGUUUCGAGGAUCAGAAUAUGGCAUCACAAUAUCCCAUCAGCAUUACGGGUCUCAGUCCCCGCGACGCAGUCAUUGAUGCGCUGCAUCGCAGCAUCCUAGCGAUCGAUUCUGGGGACGUCGCUUUGUUUCAAACAUGCAUGUUCAACUCUCCCGAGACGACCUUCAAGAUCGUCGGCGGCAGGACUGUCCAGGGUUCGAAGGCUAUCGAAGAGCACAUGGUGAAUACAAUCUUGCCGUUGUCCACGCUGCAUUCGGUCACAAAUAUACGCGUCUCUUUUCCAAAUUCGAAUCCUGAGGAAGCCAAAGAAGCACGUUUGACAGCUAACGCAAUUGCGUACCAUUAUCGUCCAGAAGAUGCUUUCAAGCCUGAACACCUGAGCUUCACAACGGGAGGCAUGUAUGAUAUCGAGAUGUUGAAAGACGAAAGCGAUGGCUUAUGGAAAGCUAAGACCUGGACAUUGAAGCUCAAUUGGACAGAAGGGGAUCGAGCGGCAAUCUUUGGCUAG